UCUCUCCCUCCUCCCAGCGCAGUAACAGCAGAGCGCAGACGAUGAUCUCUCUCUCCCUCCAACCAUGUUACUGAGGAAUUCUUAUUGCUACGAAUUUAUGAAGUUUUAAAUUUCUAAAAAAGCAGAAAGAAAAAAAGGCAACAAAAAUACCUUCUUUUAAUUCCCCAAACCAAAAAGCAAACGCCAUCUGUCUCUGUUUCUCUCCCUCUCCCUCCUCUCUACUUUCUCCAUUAAAGCCACUCAACAUUCUCUCUCUCUCUCUCUCUCUCUCUCUCUCUACUUUUUCUAGAGAGAGAAAGUGGAAAAAGAUCGAAGCUUUUGAUUCGGCGGAGGCCCAGAGGACUAUUUCCCAGGUCAUUAGAUUUGUCUGAAUUUUACAUCAAACAAUGUCGGCUCCGGCGCCGUCGACCAGCUCAACCUCGCCACCACCACCCACAGCUCCGGCGCCUUCUGCGACUCCUAGCGCACCGCCUCCAUCGACCCCGAGCGCACUGCCACCAGCGACCCCGAGCGCGCCGCCACCAGCCACUCCGUCGUCACCACCACCACCGUCUUCGACCACACCCACACCACCAUCGACAACUCCAUCUCCGGCCUCUUCUGCAUCUCCGCCGACAUCAACCACUCCCUCUCCUCCACCGCCGAAAUCAACCACCCCAUCUCCUCCACCUCCGAAAUCAACCACCCCAUCUCCUCCUCCGCCGACUGGUUCGGGUUCUACGCCUUCUACCCCGUCAAAAAGUCCUCCGCCUCCGCCUCAAUCGUCUUCGUCGCCGUCGCCACCAUCUUCAGGCUUGGACACGGGGGUUAUAAUCGGGAUUGCCAUCGGGGCAGUGGCGAUCCUAGCGGUGCUGAGUCUUCUCUGCAUUUGUUGCAGUAAGAAGAAGAAAAGGAGAAGAAGUGAUGAAGAGUAUUAUAUGCCUCCGCCGCCGCCUCCUGGGCCCAAAGUUGACCCAUACGGUGGUGGGCCUUCGCAUGAGUGGCAACAAAAUGCUCCUCCGCCUGGUAAUCAUGCAGUCACAAUGAUGCCAAAGCCAUCUCCGCCACCACCAGUAGCAUCACGGCCACCACACUCACCACAAUAUAAUCCAAGUCCGGGAGCAGCACCACCACCACCUUUCACAAGCAGCAGUGGAGGUUCUGGUUCCAAUUAUUCAGGGGGUGAUCUACCCCCACCACCACCUCCACCAGGCUAUACCUUGGGAUUUUCUAAAAGCACAUUCACAUAUGAGGAACUAGCAUUGGCAACUGAAGGCUUCUCGGAUUCCAAUCUUCUUGGUCAAGGUGGAUUUGGAUACGUACACAAAGGAGUCCUUCCAAAUGGGAAGGAAGUAGCGGUCAAGCAGCUGAAAGCUGGAAGUGGGCAAGGGGAACGUGAAUUCCAGGCAGAAGUUGAAAUUAUUAGCCGUGUACAUCAUAGACAUCUUGUUUCACUGGUUGGAUAUUGCAUGACUGGAUCCGAGAGACUACUGGUUUAUGAGUUUGUUCCCAAUAAUACUAUGGAGUUUCACUUACAUGGAAAAGGGCGACCUACCAUGGAUUGGUCAACAAGACUAAAAAUUGCUUUAGGAUCUGCCAAAGGAAUAGCAUAUCUUCACGAAGACUGUCAUCCAAAAAUCAUUCAUCGUGAUAUUAAAGCAGCUAAUAUACUUUUGGAUUUCAAGUUUGAGGCAAAGGUUGCGGAUUUUGGACUUGCCAAGUUUUCGUCCGAUGUUAAUACUCACAUUUCCACCCGAGUGAUGGGGACUUUUGGGUAUCUAGCUCCGGAAUAUGCUUCAAGUGGAAAACUCACUGACAAGUCAGAUGUUUACUCCUUUGGUGUUAUGCUUUUGGAGUUGAUUACUGGACGCCGGCCUGUUGAUGCAUCUCAAACUUACAUGGAGGAUAGUUUGGUAGACUGGGCAAGGCCUGUGCUAAAUCGAGCGUUGGAAGAAAGAAACUUUGAUGAACUGGUUGACCCUAAGCUUCAAAACAGUUACGACCCCAAUGAGAUGGCUCGCAUGGUUGCUUGUGCUGCAGCUUGUGUACGUCAUUCUGCACGGCGUCGACCUCGAAUGAGUCAGGUUGUCCGAGCUUUAGAGGGCGACGUGUCUCUUUCUGAUCUCAAUGAAGGAAUCCGGCCUGGGCAGAGCAAUGUCUAUAGCUCUCACGGGAGCUCAGACUACGACACAAGCCAAUACAAAGAGGACAUGAAAAAGUUCAGGAAGAUGGCAUUAGGAAGCCAGGAGUACGGUGCUAGUAGCGAGUAUAGCGCACCCACAAGCGAUUACGGUUUGUAUCCAUCCGGCUCAAGCAGCGGGGAAGGCCAAAGCCGCCAAACCACCAGAGAAAUGGAGUUGGGAAGGAUAAAGAAAAACAACCACGGUUUUAGCAGCGGAACCUCUUAACGGCCAGUGCACAAAUUUUUUUUCCUGUAAAGAGUUAACCCCUUCCCAUAUUCUUAACACUUCUCUUUAUCAACAUUGAUUUCUAGAACACAGCUUGUUAUAGCACCAGUUCAAUCUGUUUUUUCCCCUCUUCGAAAUAAUCGAGUUUUCGGUUUUCGGUUUUACAGUGUAUAUAGCCAGCGCUUAUGCAACAGUCAACAAAAGAUUCUUAACCAAUUCUUUUAUUUGUGGUUAA